UCGAGUGCGGGAGUCCCGCAGAAUGUUUAUGAACUGUGCGAGGGGGAGCGAGUAAUUCAGAGCUCCAGUCUGAGUCUGUUGCUCUCUUUCACUCUGCACGGAAACUUUCCAAACUUUGCAUUUCUUUUUUUUUAUUUCUUAUUUUUUAUUCCACUGCUGAGAUGUCGACCACCGGGAACUCCGUGGCCUGUGAGGGGAUGUACUCCCAACUGAUAGAUGAUGAGGGCCACAGGCCAGAUGUGGGACACGGCGCUCGCCCAGUCUCUGGAGUCAGACUGAUCUCCAGGGUGAGCAGCCCCGGUCCAUACCGUCUCGCUACCAUGUGCCUGGCUACACUGUGUGCCGUCUUACUGAUCUCCAUCAUAGCCGUCACUGCACACUAUAAGAACAAACCUCAGGGAGGUGGUGAGGCGACCCCAGAGAUACAGAAGCAGACGCAGGGCGCGGAAGUCACAGCUCUACUCGCCAACAUCAGCAAACUGCAGCAGGAGAAAACCCAGCUGCAGAAAGAGAAGGACGAGCUGCAGACCAAACUGGAUGCCAAAGCGGCCACCAAAGCUCCCAAGGUGAUCCAAUCAACGACGAAGGCGCCACCACCCCCGAUCGUCUGCCCUAACGACUGGCAUCUCUUCAACAACAGCUGUUACUUCAUCUCCAGAAACACGAGGGAUUGGCCGGAGAGCCAGUCGUACUGCCAGAGCCAAGGAGGUUACCUGGCCAUCAUCCACACGGCCGAGGAGCAGACGUUCCUGUGGAAUCUUCUUCCCAGAGGCCACUGGAACGCCUUCUGGUUUGGGAUCACCGACGAGCAGACAGAGGACAAAUGGGUAUGGGUGGAUAAAACCCCACUGGUUGGAGGUUUUUGGGAGGUCGGCGAGCCCAACAACCACAUCAACGAGGACUGCGGCUACAUCGUGAAAACACGAGUGUUGGAGCGAGUGGCAAUCAGGAGCUGGUACGACGCACCCUGUUCCAUGUACUGUCGCUUCAUCUGUGAGAAGGAGAUGGGCCCGGGCGCCAGCACUGCCAUACCACACUAAGACGUCAACACCUCUCUGAUCGUCUGAGGAAAACACGGAAAGGAAGUUAUGACAAACUUUGACCUCACACAUUUUAUUUUAUUUUAUCUGGCACAGUUGAGUCUGAUAUUGAGGUUCAUCUUCUGCACUUAGGAUAGAUCUGAAAUGAAUAGACGGUAUGUUGUGACAAAAGCAUGGGUGUCCAUUCUUGGAUGUCAAUGGGUUGUAGUAUGAAGAAAAUUAACCCUCGAGGCCCCAGAAGAAUUCUCAAAUGUUGCUGCCAUUCACUGAAAACCUUCAGUCAAAUUUUCCCUUUUCAAUUAAAAAAUAGCACCAUCUCAAAAACAGAACUUGUUAAUCACAAGUUCUUCUCAUUUUAAAUGCCACGACUUCCUCUUUUAGCAACAAAUUUAUGUGUGAACGUCACCCCCCGCCCUGCCAACUCUUCCCUCCGUCCGGGCAGCUGUUUUUCUGCACUGAUUAUGUGAUGAUGUUUUAAGCAACCCACCUGAUAACAAACAGUAAUGUGAAAGUAGGUAGUGGUACUGUCUUUGGCAACUUAUAUAAAAAUAUAAAUAGAAUUUACGCGGGAAAGUUGGAGCGACCCGGACGUUCUUCCCUGCCGACUCUUCGGCGAACUCUCCCCCUGAAAACAGCCUCUGUCAAACAGUCCGUCUGUUUACUCGUUCUCAAAGUUUUGAGGUCGUGUCCCAUUUCUGUUUUGUGUUUUAAAGCCACACAUCUCCGCACAACCUCGCAGAAGACUCAAAUGACCAGAUUUUAUGUGAAUGCACCCGAAGCUUCACAAUUAAGAGGGAUGCAUUUUUUGUAUUUUUAGAUUUUCUUGGUGCUUGUAUGUUUUUAUAUGACCAAAAUGUGUUAUGUAGGCUCUUCGUUGUCCUACAGUGUAACCUGUGGCUUAUUCCACAUAAAUAAUAUCACAUUUUUAUAUGAUUCUGUUGUAGAAUUUAUAAAUCAGGGAUUCAAGAUAACUAUUAAAGUUUUCUUUCUUUAGCAAUGAAUUGUGUCUAUGUAUAAUUAUGUGAGUAUGAACUGAUGUAACGUGUUAGUAAGAAUGAUCAGUUUAAUGAUUGUGAUGCACUUUUCGAUGUUUGAUUGAGCAACUUUAUGCAUUAAUGUGUCCUGUGGAUCUUGUAAAUAAAUAACGAAGACAUUUGAUUUCA